AUGUCCGAUCAAGACACUCACCCAAAAAAAUACAGUGAAUUGCGAAGUAUGUGCAAAUACUCCAUCGAUUCAUAUAAUGCAUUGUAUCAGCUGAAAACUGAAAAUGAAGAAGAAAUACACAAGAUUUUCAAAAUGAUCAAAACAGAAUUGAUUGAUUCAAAGAAAUUACUUCCUCAUACUAUUAUAAGUGGCAUUUUAUGUAUCAUUCUGUAUAAUAAUCGCUAUACAAAGGCUUAUUUAUCUCUCGUCAAACUCAUAUAUGAUAAUUAUCAAAUAAACAAGGAAAUCAAUGUUCCAUUAACUGUUAGAUACAUAUUUUAUAAAGAAUAUGGAAUUAAAUUAAACAAAUCAGACAAUUUCGAAACAAUUAACUCAAAGAAUCUCGAUAUUCAUACAGAAGAUACAAUUUACAGAGCAAUUAUGUAUAAUGACUUAGAACGAUUCAUCACAUUCACUGAAAUAGAAGGAUUUGAUAAAGAUCAAAUACUUAUAAGCAAUUUAUAUCCAUAUUUUAACGGAAAAUAUUCAUUACUUGAAUUAUGUUGUUAUCAUGGAGCAGUUGAUUGUUUCAAGUUAUUGAGAACGAAAUUUAAGUCAGAAAUAACUCCAACGUGCCUUCGAUUUUCAUUUUUAAGCGGAAAUCCAGAGAUUAUGAGUGAAUGUUUGAAAUAUCAAAAACCAGAUGAAAAAUGCAUGAAAUAUGCAAUUAUUUCACACAACAUUGAUUUUGUUACAUUCUUAAUGAAUGAAUACAAUUUAGAGAUCAAUUUAGAAGAUUGUGAAUGGUAUAAAAAUCUUGAAUCCUUUUUAGUUUAUUUUGAUCAAACUAAUGAUGUUAGCAAAUGCUUGAUUCUUUCAGCAAGGUUCAAUAUUCCAUCUCUCUGUGAAUAUUUCCUUUCUAUUGGUGCUAAUGUCAAUGGAAAAGAUAAAUAUGGACAAACUGCACUUCAUAGAGCAGUAUUUAAUAAUAGUAAAGAAGCAGCGGAACUUCUUAUUUUACAUGGUAUAAAUAUCAAUGAAAAAAAUAAUGGCGGAGAAACUGCUCUUCAUAUUACAGCACGUUAUAAUUGUAAAGAAACAGCUGAAAUUCUUAUUUCACAUGGUGCGAAUAUCAAUGAAAAAAAUGUAUAUGAACAAACCGCUCUUCAUAGAGCAGCAAUUAAUAAUAGUAACGAAAUAGCCGAACUUCUUAUUUCACAUGGUGCGAAUAUCAAUGGAAAAGAUAAAGAUGGAUUUACCUCUCUUCAUAGUGCAGCAUAUAAUAAUAGUAAAGAAACAGCUGAACUUCUUAUUUCACAUGGUGCGAAUAUCAAUGAAAAAAAAUAA